AUGGCACAGCUGCACCCCCAGCCUCCUGCCCCAGAAAGCCCCCUAGAGCGGCCCUCCGCGCAGGUGACCGUCGUCAGGGCGGCUCCAUUCCGCCGCCUAGAGCUUAGAAGCGGUCACUGCUCCCCAGGAUGCCCAGGCUCCACCAAGGGCGCCCACCCAGAGCUCAGGGACCCGCCGGCAGCACGAGGGGCACCCCCACUGGGGCGGGAGGGUGGUCAGCAGAGUCCCGGUUGCCAAGCGGUGGAAAGCCAGCCCGCCCGCGCCGGGGGCUGGCCCUGCCUUCCCUGCGCCUUUUUCCCCCGCGCCGCGGCGCCGCUCCCACACUCGGGCACCGCAGGUAGGGCAGGAGGCUGGAGCGCCUGCUGCCUGCCCGCCCGUAAAAUGGUCACCUCGGCUGGAGAGCUCGCCCUGUUCGCGCUAGGUGUUUUAUUGGCUGUAUGCCAAGCCCUGGAGAACACCACAUCAGCCCUGAGCGCAGACCCUCCUGUGGCCGCUGCUGUGGUGUCUCAUUUUAAUGACUGCCCAGAUUCCCACAGCCAGUUCUGCUUCCAUGGAACCUGCAGGUUUUUGGUACAGGAAGACAAACCGGCAUGUGUCUGCCAUUCUGGGUACGUUGGUGCCCGCUGUGAGCAUGCAGACCUCCUGGCCGUGGUGGCUGCCAGCCAGAAGAAGCAGGUCAUCACCGCCCUGGUUGUUGUCUCCAUUGUGGCCCUGGCUGUCCUCAUCAUCACCUGUGUGCUGAUCCACUGCUGCCAGGUCCGAAAGCACUGUGAGUGGUGUCGAGCCCUCAUCUGCCGGCACGAGAAGCCCAGUGCCCUACUGAAGGGAAGGAAUUCCUGCUGCCACUCAGAAACAGGUAAAGGGCCUCACUGGGAGCCGGGAAGGGAGACCUCCACUCGCUUGGGAGGCCCUAUUGAGUGA